GGCAUUACGAUACCGCACGGUUGUGUGGGGGCACCAAUUAAAACGUUCAGUGCUAAUGAGACUAUAGAAUUAUUGGCGAAUGAUCCUUUUCAAUUACGCAUUAUAAAAUGAUCGCGAUCCGGGCCCUCUCCAUACCAUUGCCAUGAUUAGAAGUAAUGAAUGGCAUUGCGCCUGCGCAGUGAGAUGGCUUUAGAUUGGUUUCCAGCUGGUAGGAGAGGUCAGUGGCUCGGGUGUGCGCGCGCUGCUUCACUCCAAAGCAGAGAGCGAGAGAGGUGGAGAGAAACAAGUAUCGUCUGCUAGCUACAACCAUCUAUUCAUUAGUGUGACAUCAUCAUUACGCAGGGAAUCACAACUGACUCUUGACACUGAUUGCUAUUGUUUAGAUCAUCGCUGACCCUCUGAAAGAAGCACAUGUGUAGUCCGGUUUCAUCUGUGAUAUACUAAGCAGCUAAGGGAUUUCUCAAUGCUGGUUUUAACCCACCAUCCGAGUAACAUCGGUGAUAUACCAACAGAGGAAAGGAAGACAAAUUUUGAAUCGAGAAACGAGAUUAUGCAGCCGAUGGAUGAGGCAACAAGGAGCCCUGGUCGUGGAGAUGGAGAUUGUAGUUAUUCCAGUGGAGCCCGAUCACCCAGCGGGACUUCGGAUUCAAGCCCCGCCAUGAGCCCCCGGGCGGCGCCAUCAUCACCCGACCCAACUGCAGCAGCUAUUCAUACAUGCCAGCCUUCGCUGGAGAACCUAAAUCGUACCGCAAUGAGAGGCCGUCAUCACCGGGAGCCUAGCCCGCCAGUGAUGCGGAGGCAGGAACCUCAAGAACAAUCACCCACCCGACCUCCCAAACUCACACCAUUCUCUGUUCUAGACAUCCUUGACCCUCACAAAUUCACGAAAUCGUCACCGACAUCGGGUCGAGAUUCGGAGUGUCUUUCGUCUCCGAAUGACGACCAGGAUGAACGAAUGUCGCCUGACUUCUCGAUGGCUCAUCACGGAGUCGACAGAGCAUCGCCGUUCUUUUCUCAUCGGUCUCCGGGUCGGUUGCUAGCCGUGCGUCCACGCUCAUCGCCCGGCGUACCGCACGACAGCGAUACUUGUGGAGCAGAUUCUGACCACUCCCUCGUCGACGAUCAUAUCAAAGAUUCAAUGUCGCCACCAACAGAUCACAUCGACAUCAAUGAACAUGACGACGACGAUGGCAGUCAUCUCGACGACGAUCGGGACAUCAAAGACCAUGAUCUGGACGAUCGUGUGAGUGACGAUGAGUGCGAUGAUAAGGAUGAUGACGUUCCAGGCAAAAAGAGGAAGAGAUCGGACAGUGACAGUAACAACAAUGCCAAGUCUAGCAAGCCCCGAAGGGCCAGAACUGCUUUUACAUACGAACAGCUAGUGGCGUUGGAGAACAAAUUCAAAACGACGCGAUACCUCAGCGUUUGUGAGCGUCUCAAUCUCGCACUGUCACUGAGCCUGACAGAAACACAGGUAAAGAUCUGGUUUCAAAACCGACGUACGAAAUGGAAGAAGCAGAACCCGGGUAUGGACCCCAACGCGCCUACGACGACGUCUGUGACUGCCACUCAUCCCUCGCCACCUCUUUCGGCAGCAGGCCUCCACGCCGCUGCCUACGGCUCCGGACUCAUGUACGGCUCGCAUCUGACGUAUCACUCGCCCUUACACGCCGCUGGAGCAGCUAUGCCAUACGUCAUGGGCUCGCCUAUGUUUACGCACAUGCAUGGUCACCAUUAUUUCUCGCACUCAGGCCAUGUAUAGCCCUGCAUGCUUAUACAUGGUGCCUAGCCCAGAACAAGACCUGGACUUACUUCAAACUUUAUUUGUUGCUGUUGAAAAGCUCGACCCGUGCCGUUCGCUUGCCAUACACGUUAUAACUUCACAUAUCACCAUGUACAUAAAAGUAGCCACGUCUUC